GGGAGGAGCCAACUUCGCCUUCGCGCCGCUGCCGCCGCCUUAGCGUCCAGCCCCAAGCACGUGCGGGACGGGCCUGGCCCGCCUUCUCACCGCGCUGUGAGACUGGAGCACAGGCCUGGAGAGGGCAAUUUGCAUAUUUCCCCAAGAACCCUCCGGACGCUGGCAGCCUGUGUUCAGACCUAGACGGGAGGCCCGCAGUUGUUUCCAGAAAUCGAGGAUUGGCAAUGGCCACACGGGACAGAUCAAGCCUCAGGCUGCACCCGGUGGCCGAGCCGGCCACAGAGGGGGAGCCACGUCAGCCCAUGGGCCGGGAGUUGUCCGAGGCCAACCGCUUUGCCUAUGCCGCCCUCUGUGGCAUAUCCCUGUCCCAGCUGUUUCCAGAACCUGAGCAAAGCUCCUUCCGCACGGAGUUUGUGGCGGGCCUGGUGACGUGGCUGGAGCUGUCCGAAGCCGUCGUGCCGACCAUGAACGCCUUUGCCAGCGGCGUGGGAGGAGAGGGGGCUGACAUGUUUGCUCAGAUUUUAAUGAAGGACCCCAUCUUGAAGGAGGACCCGCUGGUGAUCACCCAGGACCUGCUGAGCUUCUCCCUCAAGGAUGGGCAAUACGACGCGCGGGCCCGAGUCCUCAUUUGCCACAUGACCUCCGUCCUCCAAGUGCCCCUGGGGGAGCUGGAGCUCCUUGAAGAGACGUUCCUUGAGAGCCUGAAGGAAACCAAGGAGGAGGAAUCUGAAACGGCCGAGGCGUCCAGGAAGAAGAAGGAAAACCGGAGGAAAUGGAAGCGCUAUCUCCUGAUAGGCCUGGCCACCGUCGGAGGCGGGACAGUGAUCGGUGUGACCGGGGGUCUAGCUGCCCCUCUGGUUGCCGCUGGGGCCGCGACGAUCAUCGGCAGCGCCGGGGCAGCGGCUCUGGGCUCAGUGGCCGGCAUAGCUGUCAUGACCUCACUGUUCGGUGCCGCUGGAGCCGGCCUGACCGGAUACAAGAUGAAGAAGCGUGUCGGGGCCAUCGAGGAGUUCACGUUCCUGCCGCUGACGGAAGGCAGGCAGCUGCACAUCACCAUCGCCAUCACGGGGUGGCUGGCGUCCGGCAGAUACCGGACCUUCAGCGGCCCGUGGGCCACGCUGGCGCACAGCCGCGAGCAGUACUGCCUGGCCUGGGAGGCCAAGUACCUGAUGGAGCUCGGCAACGCCCUGGAGACCAUCCUCAGUGGCCUCGCGAACAUGGUGGCCCAGGAGGCCCUGAAGUACACCGUGUUGUCUGGCAUCGUGGCUGCCCUGACCUGGCCGGCCUCACUCCUCAGUGUCGCCAGCGUCAUCGACAACCCCUGGGGGGUGUGUCUCCACCGGUCAGCAGAGGUUGGCAAGCACCUGGCCCACAUCCUGCUCUCCCGGCAGCAGGGCCGGCGACCUGUCACCUUGAUUGGCUUUAGCCUGGGAGCCAGAGUCAUCUACUUCUGCCUGCAAGAGAUGGCUCAGGAGAAAGAUUGCCAAGGGAUCAUCGAGGACGUCGUCCUGCUGGGCGCGCCCGUGGAAGGGGACGCCAGGCACUGGGAGCCUUUCCGGAAGGUGGUGUCCGGGAGGAUUGUCAACGGUUACUGCAGGGGAGACUGGCUGCUGAGCUUCGUGUACCGCACGUCCUCGGUGCAGCUCCACGUCGCCGGCCUGCAGCCCGUGCAGCUGCAGGACAGGAGGGUGGAGAACGUGGACCUGUCCUCCAUCGUCAGCGGCCACUUGGACUACGCCAAGCAGAUGGAUGCCAUCCUGAAGGCCGUGGGCAUCCGCACCAAGCCAGGCUGGGAUGAAAAGGGGCUUCUGCUGGCCCCAGGCAGCCUGCCCCAAGAGGAACCUCGCCAGGCAGCAGCCGCCUCCUCGGCGGACAAGACCCCUGACCAGGAUGGGCAAACCCAGGGUCCAGCACCCGGAGACACCUCCAGAGCGCCCACACCUGACAACCCCAGCCAAGCCCAGGUGCCAACGGGGCCGGACCAGUCCAAAGGGGCCGCCCUUCCCACUGCUGCCUGCCCUGCUGAGAGCCCCAAGACGUGCAGCCACGGCGUGAGCCCCAACCCACUGGGCUGCCCCAGCUGUGCCAGCGAGGCCCAGAGGCCCUGCCCAGGGCUGGAUUGACCCCAAAAAGGGACUUGAGCCGUCUUCCCAGCUCCCCAUAGGCCUUGCUGCUCUCUCGCCCCCUCCACCAGGCUCCCUGCGGGAGCUCUGAAGAACUCCCACCAGUGCCCCCCCAGACUGAAGGCUCUGGGGUUGAAGAGCACGGAGCUGACAGGAGGGACACCUGUAAGGAGACGACAGCCCCUCCCUGGGGACGCGAAGCCAGAGCCCCAUGGAAUCAGCCGAGCACAGCUGAGAGCCCAGGACCGCCCGCCCGGGGGUCACAGCCGUGACGUCUGGCCAUCCGGGGGGGGGGCUCUCCGGGGCCUGAGGCUCCCACCCACCACUCUCCCUCAGCCUCAGUCAAGCCAGGUGUCUGCCUGCCCUCCCGUCCACUCCAGGGCUGUCCGCCAGCCCACAGGUUCCAGUAGGGAGCGGGCAGCUCACUCUCAGCUCUGGGAGUUCCGGUCAGAUCAGCCACUUACGGCCAUGCGGGCUGAGCUCUGCACAGACGAGAUGUGAAGGGUGCCCCCCAAGGUGCGCGACACCGUGGCCCCGGAUGUCAUUGUAACAGCAGCACGGCCAGUCAAUGCUGAGUCUGCCAGCAGUACCGGUGGGAGCGGGCCCCUGGCGAGAAUGCGUUGUAUGGGGGAAGGAUUUCCUGUAGCAGGUACAGAGGUGAUGAUGAAAAUAAAAAAGAAUAAUGGCUACCACUCA